AUGGCCGAGCUCAAUAAAGUCGGGGCUUUCCCCACAGUUGCCUCUGCUUCUUCAGAGAAAAGCGAUGGGAACAACCACGUAGUCGAAGAGUUUACCAGCAAGGGUAUCGAAAAUGAACCCACGGUGCCUAACAGAUUCCAAAUCACAAAAACCAUCGUUGUGCGAAAAUCGGAGCUGAUGGCUAAGCAGUACGAUGCGUGGUACAUGAGAUCUCUCUUCUUGUUCACUAUAUUCAUCUGCUCGUUCGCAUACGGACUGGACAGUAUUAUAAGAGACAUCUACAUGACGUAUGCGCUCAACGCAUACUCUACGCACUCUCUUCUGUCCACGGUCAAUGUGAUCAGUAUGGUUAUUUCUGCCGUUGGUCAAAUCUUCUUUGCCCGUCUGUCAGAUGUUUUCGGCAGACUGUCCAUCUUCAUCGUAUCCAUUGUCCUCUACGUGGUAGGCACUAUCAUCCAAUCCCAGGCAUAUGACGUUCAAAGAUAUGCCGCAGGCUCAGUAUUCUACAACAUCGGAUUGAUUGGUGCCCUAUUUCAAGUGUCAUUGAUUUUGUCCGAUUCGUCCACUCUUAAGUGGAGAAUGCUGUAUAACUAUCUUCCAGCAUGGCCUGCCGUUAUCACUGUGUGGAUCUCAGGUAAUGUUGUGCAGGUCGCAAACCCUCAGGAACACUGGUCGUGGGGCAUCGCUAUGUGGGCGUUUAUUUUCCCUGCAAGCUGUAUUCCCAUGAUAGUCUGCAUGCUUCACAUGCGGUGGAAAGCUGGACAAACCGCAGAAUGGAAAGAAUUGGACAAAGAGAAGUCGUAUUUCCAAACUUAUGGAUUGUUGAAGAUGCUUGUGAAACUUUUCUGGCAGCUGAACAUCAUAGGUUUGAUUUUGCUGAGUGUACUCGUCGGUUGUAUCUGUGUUCCAUUGACCAUUGCUGGUGGUGUAUCGACGGAGUGGAAAACAGCCAAGGUGAUUGCUCCUUUCGUUCUAGGGUUCGUUCUAAUUCCUGUUUUUAUCUUUUGGGAGAGCAAAGUCGCUACCGUACCAUUGGCUCCAUAUGGCUUGUUGAAAGAUCGCGGUAUCUGGGCGCCAAUGUGGGCUUAUUUCUUGAUUGCCUUCAUCUAUUCAAUGGCUGCAGGUUACCUUUAUACAAUCCUGCUUGUUGCGGCUAAUGAGAGCGAUCUAUCUGCAACCAGAAUAUCAAGUCUUUACAGUUUUGUCAGCGCCGUUUUCUCACCAUUUGUAGGUGUGUUGGUAGCGAGGGUUGCAAGAUUGAAGCCCUUCACAAUCUUGGGCUGUUCGCUAUACUUCGUUACAAUGGGUAUAUUCUACCAUUUCAGAGGUGGAGAGGAUGCUGGUAAAGGUGUGAUUGGCGCCAUGGUUGUGUGGGGUAUUACCAGCUGUCUCUACGAUUAUCCAAUUAGUGUUGCCAUCCAAUUGGUAACUUCUCAUGAACACCUGGCUGAUGUGUCCGCUAUCAUCGCUACUGUGUUUAGAAUUGGUGGUGCAAUCGGCGCUGCUGUUUCUGGUGCCAUUUGGACUCAAACACUAUAUCCUCGUCUAUUGAAAGAGCUGGGCGAUCCUGAUAUAGCUCAACAAGCUUACGAGUCACCAUACGAUUUUAUCGCAAACUAUUCCUGGGGGACUCCUAUGAGAGAGGGUGCUGUGGCAGCCUACAGAGUGGUUCAAAGAUAUGAGGUAAUAGUUGGUCUAGUUUUCGUGGCGCCAAUGUUUGUGAUUACAUUCUUUUUGAGGGAUCCAGUGCUUGACGAUGAAUAUGGCCAAAAACUGGAUGGCGAAGAAUACGUUAACAAAAGCGACGAUCCAAUUACUGAUUGGAUUGUGGCCCGCGUACCUGGCCUGAGAAAAAGAAAUCAGAGACAUUGA